UUACUUUAAGAGUGCUCCACACUUAUGCUAGAAGUUCGAAUUUUUAGCAGCGCCCCCACGUUACGUCUGAAUAACCAUUAAUAAUUGAAACAAACUUAAAGGUUGAAAAGUGGGUAUUAGUGAGUUUCAGCAAGUGUAGUGUGUAUCAAGGAAUAUUACAAAAUUAAGUUUAUUAGGUAAAAGUUUAAAUUCACAUUUUAUUCCGUCGGACAAAUUUUAAGAAGCAGUGGCCAUUUUGCUAACUACAAUUUGACUUUUUCCGACGAAAUAAGCCGUUAUUAUUUAAUUUUAAUUGCUUAAUUUUUUUUUCAAACAUUCCUUAAUACUUAUUGCACGUGCUGAAACUCGAUUUAUGAUGAUAAAGUUAGUCAAUUAAUUAUAAUAAACAAAAAACGUUUUCUUCGCUAGGUGGCGGGUCACUCAAGGUGUGGAGCACUCUUAAACCGGGUGCAGACUGCAGACGCGCAGUCAGCUGUCAUCGAAAACUCAAUACGUAUUAUUUUUACUUUUUUUACCCGGCUUCGUAUUAUCAAAAAUGUUUGAUGUUGACGCGACUUGUAGAUUGAGGAGUAAAGCGUAGCCCUAACCGGUUCUUGCGCAAAAAAUGUUUUUCGGGCAAUUGCAAUUAUCCAGCUGAGGUUAUAUUUUGUAUAUAUCGUUUUAUACACAUAAUUUUCUCGAGGUACCUAGCUUAUUUAUAAUGGAAGAAGUUGACAAUAUUAUUGUACAUUCCUUACGUCAAAUCGGCUGUGAUGUGGAUGAAAAUAUUACCAACUUGGCUAGUUUUGAUACAGAACUUGUUGUUAGAGCAACUGUAAAAUGCCUGGAAAUUAUUCGACCUGGUCUGGGAUUGAAUCCUGUUUUACCUGUAAAUAUGGCUGCGAGAUUUCGCAUGGGUGCAACGCUGGCCCAAUGUUGUUCGGAACUCGGAUACAGAGGUGACAUUGGUUAUCAAACAUUUUUGUACAGUGCAGAAUCUGAUCUGCGGAGAGUUCUAAUAUUUUUGAUUGAAAAGUUGCCAAAAGAGAGUGACAAGAGCAUAGCUGAACCAGACACAAAAAGUGCUCAACUUGAAAAACUAAUCUCAUCUGCCUUACAGUCACAGAUUGCUAUGCCUUGGUUACCUUAUUAUUGCCAUAAAAAACGAUCAAAGUUUAAUAUCAGAACCAAAAUACCCUUUCAAGUAGUACCACUUGAUGUUGUUGUAAAGGAAGAUGAUGAAGAGUACCAAAAUUAUCAUCUUCAUUAUAAACCAUCUUUACUUGAACAAGUUCCCAAUGUCAAGUACCUUGUGCCAUCAGUGAUAGUCUUGAAUAGUAGAACUGAAUCUUCACCGCAGCUAACAGUGGUAGAAAAAGUAAACUGGCUAAAUUCUCAGGAAUACGAUAGAACUUUGGAAGUAGCUGAAAAUGGUUCAGGUCUUCUUGGUAGAUUAAUAACUGGUUUGAAACUCAAAGAUACAGAGAGUCAAAUUGGUGAUAGUAACAAAACUACACAGCCAGAUAUUGAAAAACAAGAACUUGUUGAGAUGAAAGAAGAUGUAAGUAUCAUCAAAGAGCAAGAGAUCGAUAGAAUAAAAACUGAUUGUGAGGGUUUGAAAGUUGCUAUUGAGGACAUUCAAGCAGAUAUUAAAAAAUUAGUUUCUGAAAUCAAUCAUGCAACUGUGGCAGAACAAAGUGAAAUAAAAGCACUUGCAUCCUAUGAAGAAGAAAGCAAAAUUAAAAUGAAAGCUUAUGAAUUACUGGAAAAUGGAGAAGAUGAUACUCAAAAGUUGAAAGAAGCUGUAGAAGCAUAUGUGAAUAAAUUAAUCAAUUUAGCAAAUCAAUGGGAAAAACACAGGUCACCUCUGAUUGGACAAUACCGCGAUGAGAGGGAAAAACAUUCUUCUAAAGCUAGUGCAAGUCAGAAAAAACUAGAUGAGCUACGUCUACUGAGAGAUAAAGAACGAGAACUGUUGGAAGAAUGUCGUAGCAAAGAUCAGCAGUACUCACAACUUGUAGCAGAUGUUCAAAAACUUCCUCGAGAAGUGAAUAGGUCAGCAUACACUCAAAGAAUUCUAGAAAUCAUCAACAAUAUAAGGAAGCAAAAGGAUGAAAUCGAUAAAGUUUUAGGGGAUACUCGCGAAAUACAAAAAGAAAUCAACACACUCACUGGAAGACUAGAAAGAUCUUUUACAGUAGUAGAUGAAUUAAUAUUCCGUGAUGCUCGAACAAAAGAAGUGUCUAGAAAAGCUUAUAAAUUACUUGCGAUGUUGCAUUCUGAUUGUAGUGAACUUGUUAAUCUAGUUGAAGAAACUGGUGCCACUAUUCGAGAAAUCAGAGAUUUAGAAGAAGAGAUUGAUUCUGAAUCAACAAAAAAUAUUGGAGCUAAUUUAGAAAGGAUAACUGCCGAUCUGAAGCAAAUGAGACAGGAGACUGCAUCUUUGACUGCACAAUUACAAAGCAAAAAUUCAUGAUUACUGGAUAAAUCAUGAUGUAAGAACGCUAAAUACUAAACAAAAACAACGACAGAAUUAUCAAAGCUAUUGUACUGCUUUUAGCUGUAUGUGUAUAUUAAAGAAUGUUAUAUAAUGUAAGAUGCCAGCUAGUUAAAUAAUACUAACACUUUUACAGUAUUUAACGUGUAUUGUUUUAUGCGCAUGGUCUCUUCUUAUAAGAAUUGACAAAUGUAAACAUUGUUCCGUACUCUGUGCCUUAGCACACUUAACAGGUUCGAUAGUGUAACUUUUUUUACUCAAAAGUUUUGAAAACUUUAAUGGAGUCAUCUAUGCUUAUAAGCAUGUAUGUGUAAAUAAUUUAAGCUAAAAUAUAAUAAUACAUAAAGAAAGCUGCAUUAAUUUAAAAUCUAACAAAUAUCGUCAAAUCAGCUGAGUAAAAUGAAUUAUAUGAAAAAUCAUACUUUAUAUUUAAAAGAUAUAAAAAAAACUUGUUCACUAUAUA